UGAAUAAUCAAGGAUAGUUGUACUGCCUCUUUCAUUUGUGAUCUCUAGAUGUCAUUUAUGCAACCAAAUCACUUACUUGGAAGAUAAGUAUUACACGGUUUCUGAGAAGUAAAGCAUCAUAAUAUGUUCAUUUGUUCAUAUCUGUAGACUGUAAAGGAAUUAAAGGAUUCUUUUCCCCUCGGAGCUAACUAAUGUUCAGAUUAUAAGGUCAUAUUACUAGUUCUUUGAUCUAGUAAAUUUCAUGCUUCAUCCGACUUAUGCCUAUAUCUAUUUUGAAAGAUUUAUUGAAUUUAAAUGUAUCAUGUGUGGCUUAUUGCUUCUCGAAUUUCCUAUUGCAUCUCUUUUUAAAUGCUGUAUGCGUAUUAAAGCUUGUUAUCAAAUGCUCAUGCUCAAUUAAGACUUCACUGUAACCAAUUUAUUGAGAGUCAAAGGAGAAAGUGAUGAUACAUGUAUCAGAUCUCUUGUAAAGCUAGGAAACUUGAUCACUCCAAUUGACCUCUUAUUUUUUGUUGGAAUCUCAUAUACUAAGAGUGAAUAUACAUUGAUACAUUGAUUCAUUUGAAAAAAGAAGUCUUAAUCAGCUAGCAGCUUGGCAAUAGCAUCUUCUAUCAUUUGCUAUUACCUAUAUGACAGCAUUUGGGAAUUAGUAAACUUUAACGUGUGCACUUUACUAAUUUUUGUCUCAUGUUUAGCAAGAUCCAAAUGAUAAUGGUUGAUUAGAGAUUUAUCUUUUUCCAAAAUAUUUUCCUUUGUUCAUAAUUUUUUUAUAUUUUUUACAUUGCAAAUCGUAAAUGAUGAAGAGAGAGACCUUACGAUCAACUAUCAAGUUCUUAUAAGAUUGUAUGAUGAGGAUUGAAGCUCUUAUCUUGUAAGAUGAGAAUUGUUAAUGCAGGGUGAGUCAGGUUUAUCUAUGUUCAUUUGUAUAUACUUUUGUUCAUUUCUUAAUAGCUUAAGGAUUAGCGAUAACUCAUUCGAGCAAAAAAAAAAGUCUUAACUAGUCGGACUAGCUUGCGGCUUGGUUAUAGCAUCUUCUAUCAUUUGCUAGUACCAAAAUGUUAUUAUUAUCAAAAUGAUAUCAUCUGAAAAUUAGUAUGACUUUGGCAUGUGCACUUUACUAAUUAUAUUUCUUGUUUAGUAAGAUCUAAAUGGUAGGGGCUAAUUAGAGAUUGAUCUUUUUCCCAAAAUAUUUACCUUUGUUGAAGUGAUGAAAGAUCAACUAUCAAAAUUCUUAUGAGCUCAUAAGAUGUACCAUCAUUAGACCAUUAAUUUAACAUAAGAUUGUAUGGUGAGGAUUUGAGUCUUGAUCAAGUAAGUGUACCCAAUAGACCAUCAUCAAAUUAAUUAUUAUUAAAAAAUUAUAGCAUGAGAGUUCAAAUUGAGUCAAGUAUAUAUAAUUUCUUGAACAUGUAAAAACAUACAAAUGCAUUAAAAAUAGAGAAAUAUUGUUGAUUAUUGUAAAACUUUUGGGGAUUAUGGUUAUUCUAUCAAAUCUUUAAGAAUUGUGAACCUUAAAACUCUAUAUAUGGUACCAUAAGGAUAAGUGUAAGAAAAAAAAAAAAGGAGAGAACUUAUCACACAAACACUUUGUAUUUAUAUGAUCAUUGAAGUUGUUUUUGCAAUAUUAAUGACGAGAAUGAGAUUUGAUUAUAGAAUCUUGCUUCAAAGUAAAAUAUCUAAGUUCAUUUAUCAUGUUGUUGGUAAUUAUAAAGAUGUUAUAGUCAGGAUAAAUAGAUCUGGAUGUUUCACUUUCGUAAUUAUAUGGAUGUUAACGUAAUUUUUUGAAACAUAGAGAUCGAAAUCUUAAUUCCAUUCAAAUUUUCUGCAGGUCUCUGCUAGAUCCAAAAGAAGCAGAAUAAAAGGAAUCCAUGAAGACCCGGAGAAUUCUGGGUCCACUGUGUCUGCUAAAAUAAUAACCCAUCAAGCCGCAUCACUUCCUCCACAAGCAACAAAAGGAAAAGAAAAGAGAGAGAUCAUGAUUGAGAUGCCAAACUCAUCCUCUCAAGCCACCGCAGUUGGUCACUCCAUUCCUCUCACGCAGCACUAAGGACAAGCUCCCGAGCUCUCUUUCUCACCUCCCUCACGCGGCUGCGUUCGAUCAUGACCCCCAGUUAUCGUUUUCAAGGGUGCCAUGCGUUCGUGUCUGCUUCAUGCCGUUUAAUAUAGAGAAUUAUUGGAGGUGUUUUCGAACCCUCCAGAGCGAGUGGGUCGCCACUUUAAUGGUGCUCUCUGCCUGUGUUGCCUUCAUUGCAGUAACAUGUCUGCUCUCCUCCUUUACCUGCCCAACUUUGAUGGUGGUGGUGGUGGCAAACCUACCCUUUGUUUCACGAAAAGGUCAUUAUUCCUUUGGCACUCGCAGAUGGCAAACAAUGUGGUGGAAUCACAUUCUCCUGAUGCAUCCAUCGCACAAGCAGAUUGGAUUCCUUAACGGAGAAGGAUGAGCACCUGUGAACAGUUGUCUCAAAGCCCGUUUGCAGCGGUAGAAGUCCACCGAAAGUCCCCACUUCACUGCAUCACCGAUCGCUCGAGAAAACGACGACGCACAUGAAAGCACUAAACAAAGCUCGGAAACCCCUCGCUCGCUGGCUCUUCUUGCACCCGCACCGACAGCUGAGCUCGGACCCGAACAAAGGUGUAGGGAAUCGCGGAGCAGCGCACGAGGCCGCGCCGGGUGACCAGGAACACUUGUCGCCGAGGUUUCCUCCUCUCCCUCGUCGCGAGUUGCGUCCCCUGCACUCAAGCCCAUCAUUAGCCCCGCGUACAAAGACGGGCACGGUGACUGCGUCGCCACAGUAACAGGAGCGCAGGGAACACUAGCAGCAAAAGGAGUGCAGGAAGCUGUCCGCUGUCCACCUCUUGUCCCCCUUCUUGUGCUUCGUGUGGCCUUCCCCCUUAUAUAUGCUCGUCCUUCAUCCUUCAAAGCCAAUUCCACCUUUCAAGUGAGCCACGGAAGAAGAGAUCGGGUUCUGUUCAUGGAGAAGGGAUACUUGUGGGGGAGGAGAAAGGGAGACGAGCUUGUAAGCUUGAAGGACUUGGUAGCAGAAGAGGAGGAGGAGGGGGAGAUGUCGGAGGGUGGGUUGAAGAUGCCGGUGAUACCUCCGCCGCAGACGCCGCACGAGCCGAUGGAGUUCUUGUCGAGGUCGUGGAGCGUGUCGGCUUCCGAGAUAUCGAAGGCUCUUCUGGCUGGGAAUAAGAAGAGGAACUUCGUCGUGGAUCGGCUGCCGGAGAUGAUGAUCCCGGAGACAUUGGUCAUCGCUGCCGCAGCUGCUGCUCCUCCUCAGAGUACUCAUAAGCGACUUGACCGAGUGAACGCCAUGAAGCCUUUGGGAAUUCUCUCAUGGCGACGAUUUGCUCUGAUGGCUGUGCAGCCACGCAGCGGCAUAAAUCCUGCAGCAAUCGGGAAGUGGUUUCACCACCAAGAAGCCAAUCGAACCAAAGCCAAGUGCAAGGAGAGGGCCCGCGCCGAGAAAGCCCGCAUCCAUGCCUUGGUAUCCGUCGCUGGCGUAGCUGCAGCAGUCGCUGCCGUCGCUGCCGCGUCGAACUCAGGUGACCAGACCUCAAAGAUGAGUGCCGCCAUGGCCUCUGCCACCGAGAUCUUGGCGUCGCACUGUGUAGAGAUCGCAGAGCAAACUGGGGUUGAUCACGAGCAUGUGGCUGCUGCUAUACGCUCAGCAGUAGAUUUCAAAACAGCCGGCGAUCUGAUGACCCUCACUGCUGCAGCAGCAACAGCAUUACGAGGAGCUGCAGCAUUGAAGUCGAGACUGCAAAGAGAAGCAAGGAACAACGCUGCCGUCAUCCCGUACGAGAAGAGUCAGUGUUGCAGCCCAGAUAUCUGGUGCAAAGAAGGCGAGCUGCUCAAACGCACCGGAAAAGGAACUCUACACUGGAAGAGAGUGUCGAUCUACAUCAACAGGAAGUCACAGGUCAUAGUAAAGCUCAAGAGCAAGCACAUAGGAGGUGCACUCUCCAAGAAGAAAAAGAGUGUUGUUUAUGGCGUGUAUGAUGAUGUUGCAGCAUGGCCUGAGCGCGCCGGAGAAAGAUGCUGCUUUGGACUGAGAACAGCUCAAGGAUCGAUAGAGUUCGAGUGUGAGAACAGCACGACCAUGCUGAGAUGGGUGGAUGGGGUGCAGAACCUGCUCAAACAAGUAUCAGGUGAUGCUGAGCAAGUAGAGCACGCCAUGGAGCUACUAAAACUCAGAUGAUGUAUUCUCAAAACAGAUGAACAGUUUUGUCAUCACAAACACAAAGUCGAUCAUAUUAUGCAUAUAAAGCAAAGAGAUUCGUUA